GCGGGGCGCGUGGGUACCGGGUUGGGGGAGGCACACGCGUGUCCGCGGAGGUGCGGGGUCGCACACCGCGCAGGGGCACGUGGGUACCGGCGUGCGGGUGAGCGGAUGUGCACACGCGUGUGCGCGCUAGGGCACGUGGGUACCGGCGUGCGGGGGUGCACACGCGUGUGAGGGGACGCGCAGGGGCACCUGUGUGCUGGGGUGCGGCAGAGCACGUGUGCAAACGUGUGUCCACGCAGGGGCAGGUGUGUACUCGGGCUGUGAAUGUGCCUGUGCGCGUGUCCGUGGCAGGACACGUGUGUGCUGGGGUGCGGGUGUAUGCACAGGAGCACGUGUGUACCGGGGUGCGGGUGUGCACACCGUGCAGAGCCACCUGUGUGCCCGGGGUGCAGGUGAGCACACCGGUGUCACACACGUGUUUCCCCGGGGUGUGGGGUGCACACGUGUGCGAGAGGUCAGUGCGGGGUGUCGCCCCACCAUGGCCACCCUGCUGGGUGGGUGGCGGCUGCGGGCGCUGCGGGCCCCGCGGCAGGGCUGCAGGCUCCGGCACGGCACCCCAGGACAGGCAAGGCGGCGGGUACUCCUCUCGCAGCUUUUCCAGCCCCUCAACCUGCAGGCGGGCGUCGAGGCGAGGUGGGAGGGCAGGCCCGGGGAGCCCAGCUGCCGCAGCCAGAGGCUGAUGCUGCAAGCAGGGCUCAUCCACCCCGCCGGCCCUGGCUGCUACAGCUACCUGCCGCCCACCGUGCGAGCUAUGGAGAAGCUCAUCCGGGUGAUGGAUGAGGAGAUGCAGGCCGUGGGGGGACAGAAGCUGAACAUGCCCAGCCUGAGCUCGGCAGAGCUGUGGGGCACCAGCGGCCGCUGGGAACAGAUGGGGCCGGAGCUUUUCCGGCUGGAGGAUCGGCACGGCAAGGGCUACUGCCUGGGCCCCACGCACGAGGAGGUGGUGACGGAGCUGGUGGCUGCUCAGAGCAACCUCUCCUACAAGCAGCUCCCACUGCGCCUGUACCAGGUAACCAGGAAGUUCCGGGAUGAACCCAAGCCCCGCUUUGGCUUGCUGCGCAGCCGGGAGUUCUACAUGAAAGACAUGUACACCUUCGACACCUCUGAAGAGGCGGCUCGGCAGACUUACGACCUGGUCUGCAAUGCCUACUGCAGCCUCUUGGACCGCCUGGGUCUUUCUUUCGUCAAAGCGCGAGCAGCCACAGGUAGCAUUGGUGGAACCAUGUCCCAUGAAUUCCAGCUGCCAGCAGACAUCGGUGAGGACAGACUGGUACUCUGCCCGGAUGGACAUUUUGCGGCCAAUGUAGAAACUCUAAAUGGGGAACAGACUUCUUGCCCUACAUGUGGGGAAAAACUCACCCAGACCAGGGGGAUUGAAGUGGGGCACACAUUUUACCUGGGCACCAAGUACUCCUCUGUCUUCAAAGCUAUCUUUUACUCCCCUGAGAACAAACCCCAGCUGGCAGAAAUGGGUUGCUACGGCUUGGGUGUCACUCGCAUCCUUGCGGCCUCCAUCGAAGUGCUCUCUACGGAGGACAGCAUCCGUUGGCCACGCCUCAUCGCACCCUACCAGCUCUGCUUCAUUCCCCCCAAGAGAGGCAGCAAGGAGGAGGGGGAGGAGGGAACGGCACUGCUGGAGCAGCUGUACGAUGACCUCACUGAAGCACAGCCCCACCUCACUGGUGACUCGGUGCUGGAUGACCGAACACAGCUGACCAUUGGCAAAAGAUUAAAGGAUGCCAACAAGCUGGGUUAUCCCUAUGUGAUCGUAGCUGGGAAGAGGGUUUGUGAGGAUCCCCCGGUCUUCGAGGUCUGGGAUCAGAAUGCAGGUGAGGUUUUGUUCCUCACCAAGGAAGGUGUCAUUGAGUUGCUCAGUAAAGUGCAAGUCUCUUAA